AUGACAAGUCAGAUCUUGGCCUUGGUCCCUGAUCUCUUCCUCGCCUGUCUCGAGGCAGCUCUGGACAUCAUCACAGGUUUCGGCUGGAUCAUCACAGCUGCACGGUUGACCUACAUGCUGACCAAGUACGCCAUCCGGAAGUGGAGAGAGUGGCGAGAUGCCCGUCCGCAGAAGCUAUGUGCCAAAGCACCACAACUGGACUGCUGUGUUAACAGCGUGAUGGCCUGGUACGACAGGCAAGCUUUGGCGCAGCGCCAAACUGAAGCCGAGUUCCGGGCCGACAGCCAGGAUCUGCUGGCGCGAGCUUUGAAGUAUCCGAACUCGUGCACGCCGUGGUCUGUCACGCUUUUUGCGGAGCCACCGGACGACGAGACGCUGAAGGUUCUGCUGGCUCGCGAGAUGGAGCAGGGUGGUCCGGGUAUUUUCACGCGAAAGAUCCGGACCCACCUCUCUCUUUUCGGUGUGACCAGUGGUUGGACGAGCUUCAAACGGGAUGCCCGCCUGGUCGUGGCAAGGUCGACCUUCAUGAUCGAAUGGCCGCGGAAAGAGGGCGAGAAGCAUGCAGAGACGCGAAGAUUCAGCACAAGCUGCGAGGACUUCAUUCCCAUCGGUGGAAAGGAUUCCCGCGACACCAAGGGCCUCCGUGCGAAGUUGGCCAAGGGGGUUCCACUGGGAAUUCGCUUCAA